AUGCAUUUUAUUACCGCUCUCUCAGUGGCUCUGGCUCCCGCCUUUGUUGCUGCACAGAUGAAUCGAACUGCUUACGGUUUUGCCGCGGGCGUCACUGGUGGAGGCUCCGCGAAGGCUGCUGCUCCCAAAGACAUCAAGGAACUCGCUUCGUGGUUAUCUGAUAGCACUCCUCGUGUUAUUCUUAUUGACAAAACUUUCGACUUCGUCGGCUCUGAGGGUUCUACCACUGACAGCGGAUGCACCAAAAAGACUUGCACUAUGGCUCAGGGUGGCCAAAACUACAUCGGUACCUUGAGCUGCGGCGACAGUGAAAAGCAGUCGGCCAAGAUUACAUACGACAAAGCCGGUACUACCGCGCUGACGGUUGGGCCCAACAAGAGCAUCGUUGGUGUUGGCAGUCAGGGCGUCAUCAGUGGCAAGGGUCUUAAGCUUCCAAAGACCUCCAAGAAUGUCAUCAUUCAGAACGUUCACAUUACGAACAUCAACCCUGAGAGCGUUUGGGGCGGCGAUGCCAUUCAGCUCGAAGGCAACGACGGUGUCUGGAUUGACCACUGCAAGUUCAGCAAGGUUGGCCGUAUGUUUGUUGUUGCUCACUACAAUGCAAACCGCCUGACAAUCUCCAACACCGAAUUCGAUGGCGUUACCAAGACCUCCGCCACCUGCAACAAGAACCACUACUGGACUGUCAUGUUCAUUACCGAUGGAGACAAGAUUACCCUUGACCGCAACUACUGGCACGACCUCUCAGGCCGUGCCCCUAAGCUUGGCCAGGACGGUGUUUCCACCACUGUCCAUGCUACAAACAACUACUUCGCCAAUAUGGCGGGCCAUGCUUUUGAUAUUUACCCUGGAACAUCUGCUCUUAUUGAGGGCAACGUCUUCGAGAAGGUUGAACAACCCAUGACCGACAACUCCGCCAAAGUCAACACUGUAUUCAACGCCCCUGAUUCCGGUUCCCUUGCCUCCUGCUCUAGCAGCCUUGGCCGCGCCUGCGUUGCCAACAGCCUUUCUGGCAGCGGCACUUUUACUAGCAUGACGAGCACCGCCGGCCUUUCCAACCUUGCUAAGGUCAAGACUAACCUUGUCAAGCCAAAGGCCGCAAGCAGCGUUAAGAGCAUGGUCAUGAAGGGUGCUGGCAUUGGCAAGAUCUAA